UUGCAAUUCACCAUCAACACGCACCUCACAAAUCUCAGUCGCAAAAAUGCCAAGCACACUAGGAAAACGAAAGGCGCCUCCCGCCGAAGAGGACGUGGUGGACGCCCAAGAAGCCCUCAGACGGCACUUCGAGGCUCGAUUCAAGAUGCCCGCUGGCAUCGCCCCAUGCGCCGCUCCACCAUCCAAGAGACAGGCCCGCGAUGAGGAUGAGGAUGACGAAGAAGAAGAAGAAGACGACAGUGACUUUGGCAGCGACGAAUCCGAUGCCGAAUCCUGGGAUGGUGUCUCUAGCGAAGAGGAAGAGGAAGACGCAGACUCGCAAGAAAAAGGAGAAUCCCACGUCGUAGAGGUGGUCGACUACAGCCAAGACCCUUCCUCAACCGCGAUAACCUCCCUCAUGAGCAAAAAAGAGCUCAAAGCCUACCUCUCCUCCCGUCCACCAAGCCACACAUCUGCGGCACAGUCCGACACCCCCAACCCAAAAAAGAAAAAGGCCGACGAGUCCCAAGCCGAAGACAGCGCCGCCUUUCUGGCGAACGAUCUCGCCCUCCAGCGCCUCAUCGCCGAGUCCCACAUCCUCUCCGCCGCCGGCGGCAACGCCUCCCACUGGCAGUCCAGCGCCGCCGCAGAAACCGCCGCCAACACGCGCGCCUUCGCCGCCGGGCGCACCGCGAAGAAGACUACCGAUAUGAGAUUCCAGGCGCUGGGGGCCAAGGACAGCAUCUUGGGUCAGGCUAAGAUGCCCAUGGCGAUGAGGAAGGGGAUUGUGAGCCAUGCCGCGGCGAAGGAGGCCAAACGGAGAAAAGAGGCAAAGGAGAAUGGGAUUGUGCUGGAGAGGGAGGUGAAGAAGAGCAAACCGUCGAGGGGGAGGAGAGGUGGUGGGAGAGGGGAGCCAAGGGAGGUGGGAGCACCGGGGGUGGGGAGGAUGAAGGGGGCCACGCUGAGGAUUAGUGCAAGGGAGGCGGAGGUGUUGAAUAGACCCGGUCCUGCGAGGAGGGGAGGAGGACGGGGUGGGAGAGGGGGGAGGAGAUGA